AUGUGGACGCGGGCCGUGUGUCUGGGCCUUCGGGCGUUGGCGGGCGGGUGCCGGGGCUUCACCUCCGAGGCCGAUCCUCAGGGAAGCCGCCGGGUCACGGCUGAGCUGAUCGAGCACCUGGAGCGGCUAGCGCUUGUGGACUUCGGCAGCCAAGAGGCCGUGGCAAGGCUGGAGAAAGCCAUCGCCUUCGCCGACCGGCUCCGUGCCGUGGACACGGACCGGGUGGAGCCCAAAGAGUCAGUUCUGGAGGACAGAUGUCUGUACCUGAGAUCCGACAAUGUGGUAGAAGGCAACUGUGCUGAAGAACUACUACAAAACUCCCACCGAGGCGUGGAGGAGUAUUUUGUGGCUCCCGCAGGUAAUAUCUCUUGA